UUGUUACUUUAACCUUACUCUAUUAUCAUAAUUUGGCUCUAAAUUUAAAAUUAUGAGUGUUGAAACUAGGCCUUCGGCUAGCUCAGGACUCCAGCCAAUCUCAGAUGGUGUCUCGGCUAAAUGAGGUUACAGCAGUUGAGUCUACCUACUCUGCUACACUGAGAAAAUACCUGCUAAAUUCCUAUUUUCCAAAACAAAUAAACUCGAAUGCCCAACUAAAUAAAAGAUUAACUAAAAGUUAUAUAAAUCAAAAUUUUACUGCGUGAAUAUGUACAUUUAUCUACAUUUUAUCAUUUUCAGGGCAAAACUGCCACCGAAAUGCAUAAAAUGCAGGUUGUAACCGAGUAGGAGGUUACAGUGUAGAGUAGAAUACCUUGCUUACUGUUUUGGAUCCUCAUGGGGGGGUUUAAACCCCAAAUCAUCAAUAAAAAAAGCUUUAAAAACUGAAACUACUUCGUAAAUUUAUCCAAAUAAACAGAAAAUAAGGUUAAGUAAAUUGUUUAAUAACGAUACUUAUUAGCAAAAUUUUUCUCAUUCAGUAUACAUUCUCGUACGACCCCUUAAACAGUGUGUAUAUAUUCCAUUUAAAUUAUUUAAAUUUCCAUUGUUAUCUUUGUCAGCACUCGUUACUCAAUAGUUGCACGAACCUAAUAGCGUAGCCAUGUUUCUCAAGACACUUAUCACGAAAGAUUAAAAAUGCAAUCUAGCUUAUAGUUUUCAGUGCUGAUUGCGUUCUUCUCGCCCGCCGGUAGUGAAAAGAACGCUUUGGAUUACUUCGGAAUGCUUUUUUCCACUUGGAGCGAAAAUUGUGCCAUUGCUUCGCAGGUUCCUCACUUUAAGACGAAUGGCAAGGCGACUUUCAACUUCAGAAUGGGCCCAUCAGUAUCAAAAGGCCUGAAAGCGUUUUUCCUGGAAUGAAAAACACAAACCAAAACCAUCCAGGUGGAAAAAGCUUCCGAAAAACACGUUGAAUCUUUAAUGCUUUUGAAACAGAGAGCCGAACUUGAACUAAUCUUCUUUUCUGGUCAUUGUUCACUUUUCCGUCCCAUUUGCUGCUUCAACGAAAAACCUGGGAACUUGGAAAAUUCUUCUUUGUUGCUGCUGACGAUGUUGCUGUUUGCGGUUGACCACCCACACACACCUGUCGUGUUUAUACCGGGAAAAAAAAUCGGUGUUCCUGUUGCUCCAUUUUCAAAAUUUGGAAAACGACAGUCCUGGUUCUGGUGUUUGUGGUGUACAAUCGACGCCGGGAGGCCCUGAUCAAAUAUCCGGGCCCGGAUGACGACGUCCGGGAGAACAUCAUCAACUACGACGACGAGGGCGGCGGCGAGGAUGACAUGACGGCCUACGACAUUACCCCGCUGCAGAUUCCGAUCGGUCCGAUGCCGGAGCUGACGCAGUGCAAAAUGCCACCCCUGAUGUAUCCGGUAAUGACGAUGGGUCCUGGCCAUGAACCCAAUGUGGGAAUGUUCAUCGAGGAGCACAAGAAGCGGGCGGACAGCGAUCCGAAUGCGCCACCUUUCGACGAUUUGCGGAACUACGCCUACGAGGGCGGUGGCAGCACGGCAGGAUCGCUCAGCUCCCUGCAGUCGGGAACCGACGACGAGGUGCAGGAAUUCGACUACCUAGAUGCCUGGGGUCCCCGAUUCGACAAGCUGGCCAACAUGUACGGCGAACAUCAUCCGACCGAACUGGACGAGCUAAAUUAAGGAGGCAAAGCAGCACGAUCACGAACACGAAAACGAAACCGCGCAGGACGGAAAUUCUUUCCGCAAACAUAAUUCUCUUCCAAGUUGGUCGUCGUCGUCGUUGUCAUCGGAGAAACUAAAAUCGAUGCCGAAGUCGUCUUCGUUGCCAUCAGUCGGAGCGAGAGUCAGCUGAAUCCCUCGGUGAGUGUAGCCCGGGUUUUUUUUUCCUUGAGAGAUUGUUGUGAAUGUUUGAACGAGAGCAUAUUGGAGGGUCCGUCUGUUGGCGAGAAUCAUCGUUAAACGGGGCCGACAGAGUCUUCGAAUUAAUGCGUGGAGGGAUUUGCAGCUGCUCUCCAAAAGGUGUAAAUGAGAAAUGGAAAACCAAAGCUUAAUUAUAAAUGUUAGUAGGAUGGAAGUUAGGAAGAUAGGUUUGAGCAAUUCACAGUUAAGAGAGAGAUUGAAAAAAAAACGCACGAAAAGUCAUCGUUCUCUUCCUUCUUUCGGGGAUUUCUUUUUGUGCUGGCGCGUGCCUAAGGAAAUCGGAACGAGAGAGAAGAGAAAAAUGUGUUGCUCCUUUUGAGCGAAGAUCAUCACUACACACGGUGAUUUAACUAAAAUACUUAUAUAUCAACGAGUUUUUAACAACAAAAAAACAACAAUGAGUCAUGUUCUCGUUCAGACUUUUUUCGGUGGCAUUUACAUGACAAAUAGAAAAAGGGGCUCAUAUACACUGAAGCAGAAAUAUACACUACGAUAAACAAAAACACACCAAAUACAGUUACACAGCCACUUUACACCGUUGAAUAGCAAACACCUGUACCGGAUCUAGCAAAUAAGGUAGUUAAUUGUUUAAGUUCGAACAAUCGAGAGCAAUUGGAGUACCUUUUACACACAGUUUUAUUUUUAGUUUUAUUUCCUUUGAUUUUGAGAUUUUAUACUGAAAUGCUAACGUGUUAUUUUAGUUUGUAAAGCCACGAGUCAUAACAAAUUUUUACUUUUUAUUCUUAUUGAAAUCAACACCACUGUUCCUGUUUUGUGUUUUAGGGAGGAGAAGUUUUUUAAGUAGGAAAAAAACUGAUACGAUUGUUUUUAUAAAACAAAUUUAGUCUAUACUGGUGGAGCACACACAUAACAGAACAAAAAAAAACUGAAAUCGCCCGCUCUCUUACGAGGAUAAGACAGUAUGACAAUUUCUCAAUGCCAUUUACGAUCUAGGAGAAUUUUAUACAAAAGAGACUCACUUGAAAAAACACAGCCGACACGAAAAUCGAUAACUAGUUGAUAAAAUUAAAAUUAAUGUAUUCAAUGAGAACAACAGCUACAAAAAAAGUAAACUACAAAAAAAAAUCGAGCAAGGAAAACUACUCAAAAUAAAAAGAAAAGAUUACAGACAAACCUACACUAAGUAAAUCAAAUAUACAGUGUGAGGAGAACUUAACUGUGUCGGUGAACUUUAGGAGCUAAAAGUCAGUCAACAAAUUGAAUAAGAAAACCAACACAUUGUGAAUGGAACACUUGAGUGUUUUAAGGUAAUUUAUUUAUGUCGUAAGGAUAACUCUAAUGUAUUAGUAAGAUAAUGAUAUUGUACAUCCAAAGACUGUAACGCUCGUUCUUAUAAAUUGUAAUGAUUUGCUCUUAAGUUUAGGUUUUUAAGUGCUGGCAAACCGCCUACGGAGAACAAAUAAACUUAUUUAGAGCUAACUACGCUGUACAUCACAUAGAGAACUGUCCGAUUCAAGUAAAAGCAAGUUGUUUCAGUUAACUUUCUCAGAAACCAGUUUCAGUUUGUUCUCUGUUGACACCGAAGUUGGAAAUUAUUCUACAUGUAUAAAAAAACACUCGAACAUCGAUACAAAUGUCAUACCUGCACCGAAGAAUAAACCAUUUAGAAAGAAAAUUUACACUCCACAGAAAUCAGACACUCACCUACUCACUAGUGCAAGAACACUCACUUACACUCACACAACAACUACACUUUCGUGAGGAUACCCGAACGAUCGUAACGAAAACUGAAUCUGUAUUAUUCAACAAUAUUAUUACAAACUUAGGUGAAACAAAAAAAGGAAACGAUAUUACUUAGUACGCUCAUUACUCUCUAGGAAAGUAUUUAAUCAUCCAAUUCACGACAGAAAGGCGGGGGAGAAAAUAAAAUAAAAAAAUUCAUACCCCUUUUUAAUCCCGUUUGUUCAAUGCCGAUAUUAGUUUAUAGACCCUUUCGAAGCUCUCAAUCGAAGAAUCGGUAGUGAUUUUUGUAACCCAUAUUCCCGCGUCCCAACCGCAUUCGACACUCGUUUUUCCAUUCAUCGGAACCCAUUCCCGAGCUCGCAGAACUCGAAGUCGUUCAACUCACAAACUCAUCCAAAGAAGCAGAACACUCACUCUCAUCACUCAUCACAAGCACACCAGGGACACUCAUCACACAACUAUCGCUAUAAACCAAAUGUUAGAAAAACUCACGUACACAUUUACAGAUAUUGAAAAUAAAUCACCCAAAAUGAAAAAAAAAUGGAAAAAAAUCGCGCCGAACUCGUUAGUUAAUUGAAAUCUAUCUUUUUUAAAAUAAUAAAACCCAACCGCGCAAACCGAACACGAUUAUUAGUGGAAAAAGUGUUGGCAUCAAUCCUAAACUGCAACAAAUUCCUACUCGAAAGUCGGUGGCGAAAAUUCACCAAAAGCGAUAACCGAAAACUCAACACUCCAAGCAGUUCAGAAAAACAAGCAUCCGAUCGCGCCAAACUCCAAAAAUAUUGCAAAAUUUCCUACCAGCAACUGGUGUGAUGUUCUAGAGCCCUCAAAUAACAGAAAGAAGAAAAAAAAUCACCCAAUAAAAGGAAAAUAAAGAAUAGCCACAGAAAAUAUCAUCCAACCAAGCAGCAAAAGUGCAACCAACCAAAAACUAAAAAAACAGAAAAGAAUAAACACAACACCCGAGAAAUUCAUAAGAAGGAAAUCCUAGUGUAAAUAUAGCGUAUUGUAAUAAAAAAAAGUGGGAAAUUGUGCAGAUGCAAAGCGUGUUACUUUUUUGCACUUGGCGCUCAAACGCCAAGAAACGAAACGAAACGAAAAAAAAGGCACGCUUCGAACGCAAGAAGGGGGUAAGGUCGUAAGGUUUUUUUUUCUCGGUCAUCCGGGCAAUUGAAUGGAAAUGUGCAAAGUCAGCAACCGGAAGAAACUGAAAGUCAGCUCAGAGAAAGAGACAGAGAGACGAUGGAAAACGAGAACGAAUAGUAGUCAGUCGUUGGUGGUUGAUGAUGGUAACCAAACCAGAAGAAAUGUUUCGCAGCAGAAAACUUCGAAACCGUUGUUACUGCUGCAGUUCUAUCUGGGAGGACAAAAUUUUAGACGCUUCGAAGAACAAAAAUAUAAGAAAAAAAAACAAUGAAAAACCAAUUCAGACAAAAUAUGUUGAACACUUUCGAACAGGAAACAGAAAAUUUAACCAGUUGAAUCUGAAAAAGGAAACCCAAAAUUUAAAACCGAAAUCAGCAGCACUUUCUCACAUACACAAGCAAAAAAAAAAUAACAAAAUCAACAUGGUUCAAUUAUGGUUAUGGAAAAAAUGGGCAAAGAGUAAAUAAGAAGAAAAAAUCUACAGAUAGAGAAUAACAUAAAAAAAAGAACAAAUCUAGCGAUUUGCCACCCGGAAGGUGGAUUAUUUGCUGAAUAAAUGGGAAAAUAAAGGUCACAAGCGUUAGCCUGGUGAAUGAAUGAAA